CAACGUUGUGAGUACCAGUGCUGCCCGCUUCAAUAUUUUUGCUGUUGUGAUACCCCCCGGUUAAUUUACAAGGAGGUUGAAGCGAACUAGAGAGAAGAGGAAGAUGUUGGUGGUGACGGAUCCGAUGCUGUGGCACAAGGUCGCCGCCGUCUCCGGGGUUGCCGCUUUGGGGCUCGGCACCUACGGCGCGCACAUGUUCCGCCCCAAGAACCCCACGUACAAAGAGGUUUGGCACACAGCAUCCCUGUACCAUCUCGUCCACACCGCGGUGCUGCUCGGGACGCCCAUCACCAAGCGCCCCGACGUUGUACCAGUGCUGCAUGCUUCAAUAUUUUUGCUGUUUGGAGGGCUCCUCACUGCUGGAAUCGUGCUCUUCUCUGGAACGUGCUACACCGUGGCUUAUCUUGAAGACAGGAAGUUUUCUUCACCGGCACCAUUGGGGGGCUUUGCGUUUAUUGCUGCUUGGGCUAGCCUCCUGUGUGUGUACUAUGUCUGGUAUGAUAUUUUGGUUGAGAACCUCAUGCGCACAAGGGGAUCAUGCAUGUCAUCCGGAAGAAGGAAGAUCCUAGAAGAUAUGUCUCUAAUCUAA